AUGGCGUGUAUUGUGAAAUUUUCGGUUUCGAUUGGUGCCUUUACGUUAGCAGCAGUUUGGGAUGAGAAAAGACGUCAAAAGUUUCAUGAAGAAGCCGAGUCAAUUGUCCGAAAAUUUUACCAAGAAGCACAACGAAUGGGAUCACCGGAUAAGGAGCCAGAGUUUGAGCUUUCGCCCGGUAUGAAGUGUGCGCUAUUUCUUGUCGUCGCCAAUUGCACGCAACAGUUAUGCUCGCCGAUGUUGCUCUCCGCAUUUUCACACUCAUCAUUGCUACAUCUUGGCAUCAAUAUGUACGUGUUAUGGACGUUCGCAAGUGUUUCAAUUGAUAAAUUCCUUGGCGUGCCUCAAUUUUGCGCUAUGUACGCAUCGGCGAGUGUGGUCUCUUCACUGACGUCCCUUAUGCACAAAUCCGCCAUCCGUUCACCGAUUAGAGCCCUUGGAGCAAGUGGAGCUAUUCUUGGAUUACUGGCUUAUACAUGUUGCAAGAUUCCCGAGGCGCGUCUACACAUCGUCUUCUUGCCCUUUUUCGACUUCUCGGCACAAUCAGCGAUUAUCGGAGUGAUUUUAUUCGACUUGGCGGGACUAUUGUUUGGUUUUAAAUUAUUCGAUCAUUUGGGAGGUGCUCUUUUCGGCGUCGCUUAUGCACAAUAUGGAGAAGAAUUUUGGAAAAGAUACAGUCCGACGAUUGGCAAAUGGCUAAAU